AUGGAGUGGUCAACGACAAACAACUUAGAAAACGUGAGAGUUGCUUUUAUGCCGCCUCCAUGGCCGGAGUUCAACUCCGCUAACUCACUCCAUAGCUUCAACUGUGAUCCUUAUGCAGCAGGAAAUUCAUACACGCCUACCGAAAUGCAAACCGGACCGGUUAUCUCUGUACCUGAAUCAGAAAAGAUCAUCAGUAAUGCGUACCGAUUACCAAGCAACAGCAACGAGAUAACAAAAAAGAAGAGACUAACGAGUGGACAACUAGCUUCACUUGAACGAAGUUUUCAAGAUGAGAUCAAACUAGAUUCAGACAGGAAGCUGAAGCUGUCAAGAGAGCUUGGUUUGCAGCCACGUCAGAUAGCGGUUUGGUUCCAGAACCGCCGUGCACGCUGGAAGGCAAAGCAGCUCGAGCAGCUGUAUGAUUCGCUAAGGCAAGAGUAUGAAGUCGUUUCUAGAGAGAAGGAGAUGUUACAUGAAGAGGUGAAGAAGCUGAGAGCUAUACUAAGAGACCAGGGACUAAUCAAGAAGCAGAUCUCUGGUGUGACCGGUGGGGAAGACACGACGGAGAUUCCAUCUGUGGUGACCACCAAAAUGUACGGUAUUGAGCAAUACAACAAUCCAAUGGUUGUCGCUUCCUCUUGUUGGCUGCCUUACCCGUGA